AUGUCUCCUUCCACCGACGUCGCCUCCUUCCAUACUUAUCUCUCUUCUGCACGCCGUAUUGUCGCUUUAUGUGGUGCUGGCCUCUCAGCAUCCUCGGGACUGCCCACCUUCCGUGGUGCCGGCGGUAUGUGGAGGAAUUAUGAUGUUAUGCGCCUUGCGACGCCUGAGGCAUUCAAGAGGGAUCCUGGAUUAGUGUGGCAGUUCUACUCAAUGCGUAGACAUAUGGCAUUGCAAGUCACACCGAACAAAGCGCAUUAUGCAUUGGCAGAAUUGGCGAGAAAACAUCCGGCAUUUUUGACUUUGACACAAAACGUAGACGGGCUUUCGGUAAGGGCCAAUCAUCCGAAUGAUUCGAUUCGUUAUCUUCAUGGAUCUUUGUUUGCGCUCAGAUGUUCUGGGUAUCUCUGUGAUUAUGUGGAUGAUCAAAACUUUGCCGAUCCAAUUGUUCCCUCACUUGCGGUGCCUAUGGCGAAAAAGACGGUUGAACAAAGAGCACCAGGACCUGCCAGCGGACAGUCAGACGGUGGAACCCCAACCGAAGAAACCCUUGUGUACGACGAAAGCGUAGAACUUCAGGCCUUACAGCUCUCAGAUUUGCCCGUGUGCCCAAAAUGUCAACAAAAUAUCCUACGACCAGGAGUCGUGUGGUUUGGCGAGAAUCUAGAUUUAGAUAUGAUGGACGGGAUCGAACAUUGGCUGGAACAACCGGCUGAUCUCUGCAUUGUUAUAGGAACCAGUGGAUUGGUAUAUCCAGCUGCAGGAUAUGCACAUAGAGUUAAAGAGUUAGGAGGUAAAGUCGCGAUUGUCGACCUUGAUGUAAGCAGCGGCGGCUGGAGUAGUAAUAUAUUUGACUGGGUAUUUGAAGGGGAUGCAACUAAGAUUGUGCCGGAGAUACUUAAACCCUUAAUUGGAGAUAUGUAA